CAUUAUCUGCAGCUGCGUGACGUCCCAUAGAGCUGCUCAAGCACCGGGAUGACGAAGGGCCCGGAACUCCGCUCGGACUGCUCUGGCUACUCACCACCGCAAACAACAAAUGUCCUCGUCCGUAGUAUCCAAGGAGACUGCAACCUUUUUCGCCUACGUGGCGAUAAACCAGCUGCUCAGCAAAGUGAACAAUACUCCGAAACUUUCUAUCGCCGACAUUGCAAAGGCAAUCGACUAUGCCAAGUACCAGGAAAAAAUCGAGUCGCCCUUGUUUGUCACGUGGAACGUCUUAAGUGUGCAGAAGGGUACUGGCGCCCCGAUCGACAGCGAGUUGCGUGGCUGCAUUGGCAACUUCUCGAAUCUAAAGCUGCCGGAGUAUGUGGAGGAGUACGCGUUGAUUUCUGCACUCGAAGACCCCCGCUUUCCGCCAAUUGACAAAUACGAGCUUGCCGACAUCGAGAAGAACCCCUCACAGGACUUACAGUGUGCCGUCACCAUCCUACACAGCUUUGAGGACAUCACAGACACCCCGCUGGCGUGGACCGUGGGCGAGCACGGCAUCCGGCUAGGUUUCCGCUAUCGUAGCAGACCAUACUCGUCCACCUUUCUUCCCGAGGUCGCCAAGGAGCAGGGCUGGGACCGGCAACAGACAUUGGACGCCCUUAUCCGCAAGGCCGGUGUUGCUGGCCAUGUCUCUUUUGACGACACGGAGAAGAUCCAUGUGGUGAAGGUGGAAAGGUACAGCGGAGUGAAGGGGGAGGCUCGUCUCUCUGAAUUCUCCAAAAUCAGCUUGUAAGCGAAAAGCGAAAAUUACGCCGAUCGGCGAAAUUUUUACUUUUUACGCACUUUUCACGUUUUUGCACAUUUUUUACAUUUUUUACCUUUUUCCUAAUUUUGAUUACUCU